UGCAAAUGCUAACGAGAAAAUAGUCAGAAAACCGCCCGAAAGAGAGUGGCAAAGUGUAGAGAAAGGGAAGAACAAAAAAUCAUCCCAAAUUUCAAAACCUCCACGCUUCCGCCGAGCUUUUUCCCUCUAAAAUGCUUGGCCGCCAUUGUUUCAGCGAUUGAGCUUCAGGAAGAGAGAGCGUGAGAGUCGUCUUCUCGAACGUUUCAGUUUGUAGAGAUUGAGAGAUGCAGAGGCCGCGGCGGAGAGCGGUGUUGGUCAUGAGGAAGCUUCUAACGUGCACUAUGUGCUCAAUGGCGUUAGUUGCUGUGUUAUCUGUUCCUGUCCAGAUCUUUCCUUCGUCCAGAGACGUUCCGAUCUUCUCUCGAUCUUACAGACUCCCGACGCAAGGUGAAUUAAGAUUUCGGAGACCGGUUCCAGAGCAAAGCUUGACACAAGAGCUUGCACCGCUUCGUUGGUCGAAGGCUCACCGUCUUUUUCACAAGACCUCAGCUUUGGACGCUCUUUGGAAUCCUCCUCCAAAUCGUGAUUUCUUUCCCUGCACUGCGCCUAGUCUUAAUUACUCAUCUCCUGAAAAGUCGAGAGGUUACCUUCUUGUUCAUGCGAAUGGAGGGCUUAAUCAAAUGCGCGCAGGGAUAUGUGACAUGGUUGCUAUAGCACGUAUAAUUAAUGCAACCCUUGUGAUUCCAGAACUUGACAAACAUUCAUUUUGGAAAGACUCUAGCAAAUUCUCGGAUAUUUUUGAUGAAGACCAUUUUAUUAAUGCUCUUUCCAAUGAUGUAAAAGUCAUUAAGAAGCUUCCUAAGGAGUUUUCUACCAGUGCAAGAGCAGUUAAACAUUUCAGGAGCUGGUCUGGCGUUGAUUACUACCGGGAUGAGAUAGCUAGCAUGUGGAAAGACUAUCCGGUUAUUCGAGCUGCGAAGUCAGAUUCUCGCUUAGCAAAUAACAACCUUCCUGCUGACAUACAGAAGUUGCGAUGCCGUGCUUGUUAUGAAGCAUUGCGAUUUGCACCUAAAAUUGAAGCUAUGGGAAAGCUUUUGGUGGAUCGUAUGAGGUCUUAUGGUCCUUACAUUGCUUUACAUUUGCGGUAUGAGAAGGAUAUGCUCUCAUUCAGUGGAUGCACACAUGAUUUGUCUCCGGCCGAAGCUGACGAGCUAAGGAUGAUUAGGGAGAACACAUCUUACUGGAAAGUAAAAAACAUCGAUCCAAAGGAACAAAGAUCCAAGGGGCGUUGCCCCCUUACUCCAAAAGAGGUUGGAAUUUUUCUAAACGCUCUUGGAUACCCAUCGAGUACUCCUAUAUACAUAGCUUCAGGUGACAUAUAUGGGGGUGAAUCUCACAUGUCGGAUCUCCAAUCGCGGUAUCCCUUGUUAAUGAGGAAGGAAUUAUUGGCAUCCUCUGAGGAGCUCGAACCUUUUGCCCAUCAUGCAUCUCAAAUGGCUGCACUGGACUACAUUGUAUCUGUUGAAAGUUAUGUAUUUAUAUCAUCAUAUUCCGGGAACAUGGCUCGGGCAGUUGAAGGCCACCGCCGUUUCCUCGGACAUAGGAGGACAAUAUCACCAGACAGGAAAGCCCUUGUUCGGCUGUUUGACAAGCUUGAACAAGGAACCAUGAAAGAAGGGGAUAACUUAGCCACCCGAAUUAUUGAACUGCAUAAGCAAAGGCAAGGAUCUGCAAGGAAGAGAAAAGGCCCAAUUUCAGGUACUAGAGGAAUGGAUAGGUUCCGUUCAGAAGAAGCCUUUUAUGUUAAUCCUUUGCCGGAUUGUUUAUGUCAGAGACAACAAUCAAAUUCAUUGGAAGAUAAAAAAAAAAAAAAGUAUAUAUUAAGUGAGAAAAAAUUGUAGUUUUUGAUGUGUUGGUGCGUGUCAAUGGAGAGGCUAAAUUAGAUUUGUUACCACUACGUUUUCCUGCUGAGAGAGAUGCUGUUUCAGGUUCAGGAGAUAAUGCAACUUCCGGUUGCCUUGUAAUUUACAUAAUCAAUAAACUCCACGAGUUUUGCUCA